AUGAGAAACAGCAAUCAUUUUAAAAUAACUUUUAAAACGAAAACAUUUUCCGAUGCCUUCCGACUCAUACAAAUGAAUACUGAUAACAAGUGUCGAAGAUUUAUGAAGAUGUGUAAAAAUAUGUCUGAAUUCAGUGAACUGGGCAAAGACGACAAAAUAGGACUUUUGAUAGACGGCUUUCCUAAGAUUUUAAGCCUUUUAUCAGUUCUUAAUUUUAAUUUUGAGGGCAGAUUCUGGACCAUACCCUUUGAAUUCAAAUCCGAUAUGAUCAUGUUUGAUUUGUUAUCCGCUGUUGUACUAUUCAAUCCAAACGGUUCAAUUCUGACCCAUAAGCAUUUUAUUACACUGCAACAGAAGAUUUACAUGUAUUUACUUCAACGCUAUUUAGAGAUUAAACACAACUCUAAGAGUGAAUCCGAGACCCGAUUCUUGCGAUUAAUGAAUUGUGUGAAUGAGUUACAUGAGUGUCGUAGUCCAGUGGCGCACAGAUAUGACCGUUUGCGGUCAACUAGCGAUGCUGAGUAUACACAACAC